CCCCACAGAAGAUAAAAUAAAACACAAACUUUCAAAUAAAAUUGAAGAAACCCUAGCAGCUUGUAUCGUCGUCAACCAUUCUUCUUCACCGCCUCCCUUACCUCUCCAAACCACCAUCGCCGGAAAUUUCCAGCACAGAAGCUUCGUAGCGUUUCUCGUCUUCUUACAAGUUUUACUUUGAACCAUGGCUUACGCUGCUCCGAAACCCACAAAGGUUGGAUUGGAAGAGUCUCAGGAGCAGAUCCACAAGAUUAGGAUCACUCUCUCCUCGAAACAUGUCAAAAAUCUCGAGAAGGUUUGCGCUGAUUUGGUUCGUGGUGCGAAGGACAAACAUCUUAGAGUCAAGGGACCUGUCAGGAUGCCUACUAAAGUUCUUCACAUCACUACAAGGAAGUCCCCUUGUGGUGAAGGUACCAACACUUGGGAUAGGUUUGAACUCCGUGUGCACAAGAGAGUCAUUGACCUUUACAGUUCCCCAGAUGUGGUUAAGCAAAUUACCUCCAUCACCAUUGAACCUGGUGUUGAGGUUGAGGUGACAAUUGCAGAUGCUUGAUCUUGAUCCAAGUUUUCCUAGUUAUUUUUUCCUCCUGUCUUUUGGUAGCUUUGAUUUUGGGACAAAGUUGGCUUGUUUUCUUUGAUGAUUUUACAGUUGUAGACAUUGAUGAAUGCCUGAAGAUAUGUUAUGCUUAAUAUGCUUUAGAUUCCUAUGAAAUUAACUUAAUAUCCCUCGAUAAGUUAUUUCCAA